UGCCUUUCGGAGUUAUCAAGGGACUCCCAUCCAUCGGCAUCACCGAAAAGCCCCCCCUCUCUCUCUCUCCCUCCCGAUAUAUCAACCCCCAACAUACAUACAUACAACACACAGGUAUACAUAUAGUUCGUCUUUCUGUCUGUAUCUACCAAGUAGCUACCGAUCAUCAUGGCGACGACACAUUGUCACUCAGCAUCGUUUCUCAAUUCUUCUUCAUCUUCUUGUUUCACUAACAAUAAUAAUAAUAAUAUUAAUAGUAAGAGUAACCACAGCCUCUUCCAUCAGCAGCAACAACAACAAACUGUUUCAUUUUUGUUAUCGAAACGAUGUCGUUCAACUAAUCUAUGCUUACAACCUCUCCGAUCUUCAUUCUCGAAAACAGCUGUCCAAGAUGGUGCUGCAAAGAAGAAAUCGUCUUCUGACAUUCCUCUUACUAUACCAAACAAUGACUUGGUCUCGGUCCCACCCGUCACACCGCCAGAAGAACUCCAAGAUGUUCAUCGUCUUGUUAAUUUUGAUAAAGACAAGUGUACUGUCAGUAUAACAGUGGUUGGAGCCUCAGGCGACCUUGCUAAGAAAAAGAUUUUUCCUGCACUCUUUGCUCUUUAUUACGAAGGUUGCCUCCCUGAGCAUUUUACUAUAUUUGGAUAUGCACGUAGUAAGAUGAGUGAUGCUGAACUUCGAACAAUGGUUAGCAAGACACUUACGUGCAGAAUCGAUCAAAGGGAGAAUUGUGGUGAAAAGAUGGACCAGUUUCUUGAAAGGUGUUUUUACCACCCAGGUCAAUACGACUCUCAAGAGAACUUCUUGCAGCUGGAUAAAAAGCUCAAGGAACACGAGGAAGGAAGGGUCGCGAACCGUCUUUUCUAUUUAUCUAUCCCACCAAAUAUUUUCAUAGACGCAGUGCGAUGUGCCAGCUCAUCUGCAUCUUCUGCACAUGGAUGGACAAGGGUCAUCGUGGAAAAACCAUUUGGUCGAGAUUCUGAAUCCUCUGCUGCAUUAACAAGGUCCCUCAAGCAAUACUUGGAUGAAGAUCAAAUUUUUAGGAUAGAUCAUUAUCUUGGGAAAGAGCUGGUGGAGAAUCUUUCAGUUCUUCGCUUCUCAAACUUAAUUUUUGAACCCUUGUGGUCAAGACAAUAUAUAAGGAACGUACAAUUUAUAUUUGCUGAAGAUUUUGGCACAGAAGGACGUGGAGGAUACUUUGACAAUUAUGGAAUAAUUAGAGACAUUAUGCAAAACCAUCUGCUUCAAAUGCUGGCUAUUUUUGCCAUGGAAACCCCUGUUAGCUUGGAUGCAGAAGAUAUCAGAAAUGAAAAGGUCAAAGUUUUACGUUCCAUGAGGCCUUUACAACUUGAUGAUAUAGUAAUAGGACAAUAUAAGAGUCACACAAGAGGAGGUGUUAAGUAUCCGGCAUAUACUGAUGACAAGACUGUACCAGCGGACAGUUUGACACCAACUUUUGCUGCUGCUUCUCUUUUUAUCGACAAUGCUAGAUGGGAUGGUGUGCCCUUUUUGAUGAAGGCUGGAAAGGCUUUGCAUGAUCGUAGGGCUGAGAUAAGAGUGCAGUUCAGACACGUCCCUGGUAAUUUGUAUAACAAGAAUAUCGGGGUAGAUCUUGACCUAACAACGAAUGAGCUUGUUAUUCGUGUGCAACCUGAUGAAGCCAUAUAUCUAAAGAUCAAUAACAAAGUUCCUGGUCUUGGAAUGAGAUUGGACCGAAGCAAUCUUAAUCUUCUCUAUUCAGCAAGGUACUCUAAGGAGAUUCCUGAUGCGUACGAGAGACUUCUUUUGGAUGCUAUUGAAGGAGAAAGAAGACUUUUCAUACGUAGUGAUGAACUAGACGCAGCUUGGUCCUUAUUCACUCCUGUACUCAAGGAGCUUGAAGAAAAAAAGGUUGUGCCUGAAUACUACCCAUAUGGCAGUCGUGGUCCUGUUGGGUCUCAUUAUCUUGCGGCUAGAUACAAGGUUCGGUGGGGUGAUGUUGGUUCUGACUUCUGAGCAGUAACCAAGGAAUAGCACCACCAUAGGAAGCAACUGUUUUUCCGUUUUCCUUUUAAUUUGCCUAUUGAAAAUUGCAAGCUUUUCUUUGUGAAAAAGGUGAGGUCCUCGUAAUUAGCUUGGUCUUUUUUCAGAUAGAUUUGUAGGGGUUUAUGGUGAUGGUGGAAGGAAUUAAGUAGCAAUAAGCCAACAAAAUAUGAAGAAGAUUUGAAGUGGUGUUUUUGCAUUUUUAGUUCGCAUUAAUGAUUACAUUGUUCAUGGUACUGGUUUUCUUGCCUCUGUAUUACUGUUACCAAAAAAAAGGUAUCUGGUUACUAGCUGGAUUUCUCAUAAA